AUGUUUCGCUUAGCGAAUUUCUGGGCCCCAGUUUUGCUGGGGCUAUGGACUGCUUCAGCGACUCAGACCUCCGUGUCCGUAGCGCUGCAGAAGCGAGUUGCGACGGUGAGGAAACAUUCGGAGGCUAGCAAGACCGGUGUUCAGCACAAGAUGGCGUAUUUCGGUACCAUACAGGUUGGCAAUCCUCCACAGGAGUUUUCAGUGGUUUUCGAUACUGGGAGCGGAAAUCUCAUAGUUCCUGGAAGUGACUGCACCAGCGAUGCCUGCACCAGCCAUCGGCGUUUCGAUCAUAGGAAGAGUGAUCGUAUCAAUGCCAUCAAUUGUGAUGGCAGCAACGUCUCCCAUGGCAUGCUGCCGGAUGAAAUUACAAUUACCUUUGGCACUGGCAAGAUUACGGGUCAGUGCUUCACAGACUCCAUUUGCGUCGGGGCUGCUUGCUCCAAAGGCAACUUCAUCUCGUCCCUCGAUGAGAGCUAUACACCUUUUGCCACCUUCUCCUUCGAUGGGGUGCUCGGCCUGGCACUGGACUCCAUGGCGCAGUCCAACGAAUUCAGCGUCAUGAGCCGCCUUCAUGGUGCUGGCGUGCUGAAGCAGCCGCUGUUCUCGGUUUUUCUUUCUGAUUCGGACGAGGAGAAGUCCGAGAUCACCUUUGGUGCUAUCAAGGAGGAGCACAUGGCAUCGGAACUCUACUGGGUCAAUGUUGUUGGAGAUGCGGGUUACUGGCAGGUGGAAAUUCAGGACAUCUACCUUGGAGAGCAUCCGCAGAAGCUUUGCCAGGGUUGCCGGGUGGCUGUGGACACCGGCACCUCAGAGCUUGCAGGUCCCUCAGACAUCAUUGCAAAGCUGGAGCAGCUUUUGGGUUCUGGACACGACUGCUCAAACAUCGAUUCGCUGCCGAAGUUGGGCUUCGCUGUCCGUGGGCCCAACGGGAAGCCCAAGAUUUUGAGCCUCUCGCCAAAGGACUACACUUCCGAGGGCUCUUUUGGGGGCUGCAACCUCUCUCUGAUGAACCUGGACGUUCCCCCGCCCAAGGGCCCGCUCUUCGUGUUUGGGAUUCCAUUUCUACAGAAGUACUUCACCGUGUACGACCACGAGCAGAGUCGCGUACGGUUCUGA